CAGAAAACACAGGAAGGGAGAAGAAGGAUUAAUCCUAAAUAACCUCUGAUUACAAUUCCUUCUCAGAUUGAUACUAUGAUUCACUCCCCCGCAAGUUCUUGGAUCCUCUCUAUAAAUAAGAACACGUACCAGUCCAGUUGUUGUGUAUCUGAGUUUUAUAAUUCAUCGUCUUCAGUAGCUACAAGCGACAAUGGCCUCUCAAACAAACUUAUUGAUCUUAUUCUCCUUCCUUGUCAUAGCCAACUCUCUCUUUCUUCUUCCCCUUCCUUCUUCUGCUACUCUCAUCAGUUUAUGCUCUCCCAGUGCCAUUUAUAAUCUGGGUGAUUCAAUAUCUGAUACUGGCAAUCUUAUCCGUGAAACUACAUCUCCAGCGGCUUCUAUGUUUGCCCACCUUCCCUAUGGUAUCUCUUUCUUUGGAAAUCAGCCUACGGGACGAUGUUCCAAUGGUCUUCUUAUGAUUGACUAUCUUGCUUUGUCUCUUCGUCUUCCUCUUCUUAAUCCUUACUUGGAAAAGGAUUCUGAUUUUAGUCAUGGCGUAAAUUUCGCAGUAGCUGGUUCCACUGCGCUCAAUUCUUCCCUCCUUGCAGAGAACAAUAUUAAUUCUCCAGUAACUAAUAGUUCUCUCUCUAUCCAACUCAGUUGGCUCAAGUCUCACCUCAAUUCAACUUGUUACACAGACUGUGAGGAACAGCUUAAAAAAUCAAUUUUCUUUGUGGGGGAGAUAGGUGGUAAUGAUUAUAAUUAUGCCUUCUUCCAAGGGAAAACCAUGGAGGACCUACAAAACAGUUUGGUGCCUCAUGUUAUUCAAUCCAUCAAAACAACUGCUAUGGAAGUUAUAAAACUUGGUGCAACUCGAGUGGUAAUUCCAGGGAAUUUCCCAAUUGGGUGUUUCCCAAUUUAUCUCACAAUAUUCCAAAUCAAUGAUACCGCAGCUUACGACGAAUUCAAGUGUCUGAAAGGCUUAAACAACUUUGCAAUGUUUCACAAUGAUCAGCUCCAACAAGCCUUGCAACAAUUGAGAGAUGAAUACCCAAAUGUUGAUAUAGUUUAUGCUGAUUAUUACAAUGCAUUUAAAUGGGUCUUUGACAAAGCUCCUUUGCUUGGGCUUGACAUGGACUCUCUACAAAAAGCUUGUUGUGGAAGUGGAGGGCAAUAUAAUUUUGAUCCAAGGAAUGUAUGUGGAACUCCAGAGGUUACAGUGUGUUCCAUUCCUGAUACACACAUCAGUUGGGAUGGCAUUCAUUUGACAGAGAAGGCAUACAGGAACAUGGCAAAUUGGUUGAUUCGAGAUCUUACACCAAAACUUAAUUGUUUAUUUUAGGAUUUCUUUCAUUUAUUAUUUUGUGAUUAAAUGUUUAAAAGAUCUUAUCAAUGGAUCGUAAAUUUAUUUUUAGA